AUGACCCCUCUUUAUCGAGGUUCUCUGUUGAUGAAGAACUCCCUCGCCUCUUAUAAUCGUCAACAGUAUCGCCCUCGAUUAUUACAGCUCAUCAAUCAUAUAACGUCGAUAACAAAGAAAGCUACACUUGCUACAGCUACAACCUCAGUGCAUGCGAAGAUGGAUGCUCAGACCAAACAGCACUAUUUAGCUGACUCUCCACCUAGCGUCGUGAGGUUGGAAAUUAAGCAACAUUUCGAAGCUUUAAAGGAUGAGAGCUUGAAGCGUUAUGCUCAUUUCAUGAGCAGGGCCGCGUUUCAAGGCACUCGAGUUACUCUACGUCAAGUAUCCCCAGAAUCAGAACCUAUUUACGACUUGAUUCUUUCCCUCCACAAAGCAGUUGGCGGAGACUGGCGCUCCCUCGCGGAGAAGACCGGCGUUGAAUCUCAGGACUUGCAAUAUUUCCUCGAAUACUCGGCACAGUUCCUCGGCAAUUGCGGAAACUAUAAGGGAUUUGGAGACUCUAAGUUCAUCCCCAGACUCACUCCUGAUGCUUUCAAGAAGCUCGCAUCAAUCACACCCGAGACACAAGCGGCAUUCGAGAAGGCGAAUAGCACUGGUGGUGGAAUAUACGAAACGAGCGAUGUCGGUUUGAUGCAUUUAGGUUACCCUGACAAGGGUCAUUUGACUACCUACUACCCUGAUUCUCCCCACAUUACCAAAGAUGAGAUCACGGCUGUUGGGGACUUUUUGGGGAAAAAGGGCCUACCUAUCGAAAACACAAGAUUGCGCAAGACUGCACAAGGUGAUUUUGAGCUUUUGAUUGCAUCGGGUCUUUCUUCUCCCCCAUCUCAUUAUCGGGAUUUGGGAGAGGAGGAUUCAUGGACUCUGGAGGCGACACCCGUUGUUGGAAAAAAGCUCAGCCUUGUGUUUGGUGAUUAUCAAAAUGAGAUGUCCAAGAUUGCCCAUAGUAUCAAGCAGGCAGAAUUGAAUGCCGCCAAUGAUACACAAAAGCAGAUGUUAGAACAGUACGCCAAAUCUUUUGGCACUGGAUCUAUUGAAGCGUACAAAGAGAGUCAACGUCUUUGGGUCAAAGAUCUGAAGCCCGCAGUUGAGACCGACUUGGGCUUUGUGGAGACCUACAGAGAUCCACAUGGAGUUCGAGGAGAGUGGGAGGGAUUCGUUAGUAUGGUCAAUCUGGUACGCACUAGGACAUUUAGCGAUCUCGUCAAUGGUGCAUCGCAAUACAUUGUUCGCCUUCCCUGGGAUAAAGAGUUUGAAAAGGACAAAUUCUUGAGCCCAGACUUUACAUCGCUUGAAGUCUUGACUUUCGCUGGUUCUGGUAUACCUGCUGGAAUCAAUAUUCCUAACUACGAUGACAUUCGACAGAACCUCGGCUUCAAGAAUGUGUCACUUGGUAAUGUCCUAAGUGCGAAGGCACCGAACGAACCAGUUCCGUUCAUUGCGGAGAAAGAUUUGGAAAAGUUCCAGAAAUACCGGGAUGAGGCAUUUGAGGUCCAGGUAGGCCUUCACGAGCUUCUUGGACACGGUACCGGUAAACUCCUUCAGGAAACGGCACCAGGAGUGUACAACUUCGAUGUUCAGAAUCCACCGGUCAGCCCUAUCACUAAUAAACCGGUUUCUACCUGGUACAAGCCCGGUCAGACCUGGAGCUCAGUCUUUGGCGCUAUUGCUUCAUCAUACGAAGAGUGCCGUGCAGAAUGUGUUGCUAUGGCUUUGAGUUGCGACUUUGAUAUUCUCAAGAUCUUCGGCCAUGGUGACGGUCAGACAGACAUCAACAAUGAAGCUGGUGAUGUUCUAUACGUAGCAUACUUGCAGAUGGCAAGAGCUGGAAUUGUUGCUCUGGAGUUUUGGGAUCCCAAGAGUCGUAAAUGGGGACAGGCUCACAUGCAAGCUCGAUAUAGUAUUCUGCGUACCUUCCUUGACGCAGGCGACGAUUUCGUCAAAUUGGUACACACUAAGGAUGAUUUGUCUGAUCUCGAAAUACAUCUGGACCGGUCCAAAAUCCUUAGCCAUGGACGCCCAGCUGUGGAGAAGUAUUUACAGAAAUUGCACGUCUACAAGUCUACAGCCGAUGUGGUUGCCGGUAUGCAAUUGUACAACGAUAUUACAUCCGUUGACGACUGGUGGGGAACCAAGGUUCGAAACAUCGUCUUGCAGAAAAAGGUACCCAGAAAGGUAUUUGUGCAAGCAAACACUCAACUCGAAGGUGACAAGGUGGUUCUGAAGGAAUAUGAGCCGACACUUGAGGGCUUGAUUCAGAGCUAUGCUGAACGCGAUACGAUACCACGCAGAUUCGAACGACCUCGAAUUGCUUGGCCUCUACACAACAGCCUUGACGACUUUAUACAAGACCGGUGGCGCGCCCCAAACGGUGCUGCCUUCUAUAGAACUGCUGCCACCGUGGAGGACUUUUCGUACACAUCUCCCCCAGCUCACCCGCCUCUUUCUGAGGCCUCCUCGUCAUCAUCCCACGCUUCUCCUCGACCCCCGCCCUUCUCGUCGCUAUAUUUUGCACCGGAAUCGGAAGUCAAUCGUUUCAAAGCCGCUGUCACUGAGGACCCGGGUUCCUCCUCCUUGCCCGCGUUUGCCCCGCCGCCUCCAUCGUUGCUAUUCUUACCACCACCAGAAGAUCUAGACGAGUCUUCUUCUGUUGUCGCGGAUACAAAAGCUGCGCUUGAGAGCGUAGAAAAGAAGGGUGAAUCUUCCAGCAAAAGCCCAGACGAUAGAGAGCCUCCGCCUCCUUAUACGGAAGGUUAUAGUCCGCUUCAAUCGUUUUCGUACGUCAUGGCAGCUGCAGGUGGUGCUGCGAGCAUCAUCACUCAGGUCCAACAGACGGGCGGUCCUCCGAUAAACACUCUAGGAGAUGUGCAUGGCGACGAACAUAUCACGCUAGAUCUCAGGGGCACUCGAUUUACACUCUCUCGAGAUGAGCUGCUGACACUUCCGGAAUUCGUGUUGCUUUCUUUAUUCCCUAAUGGUUUACUGCCCGAUGGUCAUAUGGGUGGCUUCCAUGAUGGUGAUAUCUAUCCUGUAGACUACGAUCCAAAUUCGCUCCAGUACAUGCUAGACUUCUUCCGCACCGUCGCGCAAUCAAUUCCAUCUGCAUCACCUUCACCCUCUGGUUCGCCUGAUAUGGAUGCGAGCGAUUCGAUGUAUAGCUCAACACGAGACAUGUUACAAGACCGAGCGGGUAUAAUUGUGCUUCGCGAGGAUUUGGAUUUCUACGUUAUUCCACCACGACCGAAUAUAGGACAGGCUGAGAUGAUGACCGUGAAGCGCGCUGCGGCUGAAGUCCUUUUGAGACAGGAUGGAAUCUUCUCUGGCCUUCGGAAAAGCGAUGAAGUUGGCAGCACAGAGCAGCAUUUGAUUGAGAUGUUGACCGCAGGUGGCUUCAAUCAUGAAGAUUCCUGGGGCCACCGUGCUCCAGAGCCCAAUAAAGCAGUGAUUUGUAGCCUGGCAUUGGCAAAACUGCGAACAGAUAUAAGGGGAGAUCUCAACAACAAUGCUUCCGUUGGCAUGGCCCAGAAACUGUUGCUCUUCUGGAGGAAGCCCGCUAGACGUUGCUGGUGGGAAGGUAUUGAGUUGGAUGGCGUUGAUGGUGUUGAGGGAAAAUUAAAAGUCUGGAUUCGCCGAGUGUGGACUCUUGAGAUGAGCGUCAUCGGGCUGAGAUGA